AUGGGUAUCGUCGACAGCAGGCGGGCGCCAGGUUUUCUGUACGUCGGCCUCAACCGGCGGGAUUCAGAGGUGUUUGACCUCUACAAGGUGGAUCUGAAGGCGAGGAGGCUCACCCUGGAGGUGGUCAACCCGGGAGACGUGACGUCAUUCCUGGUUGACUACGACUUCAACGUCCGGGGCGCCAUUGCCUACAACAACACAGACGGCACCAGCCACAUCCUGAUAAGGGACGGCCCCCUGAAGCACCAGCCGCCGCCGCCGCCGUCGGCCGCCCCCAAGCCCAGCGCCCCCACGCCCAAGGCCGCGCACAUGGCCGCGCCCAAGGCCGCGCCCGCCGACGCCGACGCGCUGUUCGCGGCGGCGGCCAAGGGCCGCUUCACGCGGUCCCAGAAGCUGCUGCACACCUGGGUCGAGCCCAUCGUGCACGACCCCGACCGUGAGCGCGAGAAGCGCGAGCGCCAGGCCGCCCUCGGCGCCCGCCAGCGCCGCCUGGCGCUGGCGCGCGCCAAGCAGGACGCUGACGCGCUCGGGCGGCGGCGCGCCGCCGACGCGGCGCUGCAGCCGGGGGAGAAGGGGUUCCGCAGGCACGCGUACAUUCCAUCAGCUGCGAAGCUGGAUUACGUGCAUAACCCCGGCAGCGCCGCCAACGGCGGCGGCGGCGGCGGCGCGCGGCGGCGGGGGGAGGAGGACGAGGAUAAUGACGGCGGUUUUGGGGCGAUGGCGGCGGUCGCGAACGAGCCGGGGCAGCGGCGGGGCGGGGGCGGCGGCGGCGGCGGCGGCGGCGGGGCGGAGCUGAGCCCGCUGGCGCGGCGGAUGCGGGACAUGCAGCGGAGCAAGAAGGGCGUCGCGGCGCGCGCGGCCAAGAUCAGCGUCGAGGGCAGGAACAUUACUCUCAUGUGA